AUGGUAUGCUCAAAAUCUGUCGAUUACAAAGACCACAUCAAGCGUGCAAAUACGUUUAAGCGAUGGCCAUUCGCAGAGGGGACUUCUGUAUCGGCAAGCCGAAUGGUGGAGGCUGGAUUCUACCACCCUCCGCGCACUAUACUCAACAACGCUACCUGCUUCUCAUGCAAGAAGAACUUGGCCGAUUGGGAGGAGGAAGAUGAUCCCAUCUCUGAGCAUAAGCGUGGCACUAGUGAGUGCUUCUUUCUGUCGAUGCGUUCGUUGCGGAAUCGGAUGAAUUCGUUUACUUCACAAUGGCCACACCCAACAAAGGACUACGGACCUACCCCGGAGAGUCUGUCCCUGAACGGGUUUGUUUACCGCCCAGAGUAUGGCGAGGACUACUGCGAGUGCUUCAUGUGUGGAGUGGGUCUAGAUGGCUGGGAGAAGGACGACGUACCAUCACAGGAGCACAUUAAGCGGAACAAAUCGUGUCCGUGCAAUGUGCGUUUGAUUUCUGAUCCGGCAUGUGCAGAUAUACGCGCCCCGGUAGUCCAGGUGCCUGUAGUGGACACUGCUUGUGUCGGUGCAUUGAAACUUGAGCCCCAGCCCGAAAUCAGAGCCGGUUCGAAGCUCACGGGCCGUUCGAAGUCGCGGACGAAAGGUACGAAAUCUCGCGCGAAGCUGACGAGUGCCAGAAGCAGGAGCAAGGUGUUAGCUAAAGAUAGCGACAAGUUGUUGGCUGUGGGGAUACAAGACGAUCUCUCAGAGACCCCAGCCGGAUCUACGGCUACCAAGAGCGCGUAUACCGCGCCUACGCCUUCGCCGGCUGUGAUGAGUGUGUCGGAAACGUCCGCUGAAGCGAGUAGCGAGGCGUGUGAGAACGCACCAAAGAAGGUUAGUACUGUAGCUACGAAGAAGGUCUAUCCUUACACAGAUACCUCGGGUCAAUCGGGCAAGAAAAGGCGUAAGCGGAGGUUAACGAGGUCCAUGUCUGUGAGAUACGCACACAUGGAGAUGAGUGCAGCCAGCCCUAGCGGCACUACUACUACGGAGGGUAUGGGAGAAGAGCCUAUCACCAGUGUGGUUGCAAAAGCACAGGACGCAGAGUCUGGUAACAGCGUAGAUCCGCACAAACAGGAAAAUAUGCCCGAGAUGAGGGUAGGCCAAACUGCUGAAGGAGUACAAAUUGCGGAGAAUGCCAUAUAUGAAGAUCCUAGUGUAGAUGCGCAAUUGCAUACAAAGCACACGCCCUCGAGUGUUCCUGGGCGCGAGUUGCAACCAAGUGUACCACAGUCUACCCAAUCGAGCUCGUUAUUGCCACAGAAGCUAAAUCGGGAUGUAGAAAUGCCGUCAGAACUCGCUAAAGAAAUGCACCCAUCACCGGUAAAGGAGCACCACACCGAAGUAUCAGUGCAAGUGCCGAAACUAACGCGCGCAAGAUCUGUCAGAUCGCAUCGCUCGUCACUCGCCCGUGCACCGAGCCGGUCGGAGGUGGUACCGGCAAGUGAUGCGAACAUAUCGACGGAAGUUUGUCAGUCUACUGCUACUUUGAAUUCAGGAGAGGGUAUGCAGUCUGGGGCCAAGCCGUUUCUGAAAGAUGGUAAAAGUUUAGAGGCCGAUAAGGGAGAUACGAGAUCCUCUCUUUCAAGCUCAGAGAAUCAGCAUGAAAAGGUAGAGCAGGAUGCUAAGGCAGGUAGCGUACCGAUCUUUGCGGAGGUAGAUAACGUAGGGACAGACAGGGAUACAGUACUGGGUGAUCAGCAACAAACUGCAGCAGAAAAGCCAUCGCCAGCACAAAGGCAGUCAGCAGAGAGAAUGGCUGUCGAAGCUCCACAUAUUUGCCUUCCAAACGCAUCUUUAGACGGGCAAUUGCAGAAUUCUUCACAACAACGUAGUACCAAAUUAUCGGGUGAGGCUCCUGACGAAGAGGCCGUGGCGGUGGAUAACCAUAGGUUAAUUGCUGCGGGAACACGUGACGCACACUCGGUACCAAAUGCAACAACCACAGAAAUGGACGAUGACCCUAGCAGUACGCAAUGGAAUUGUAUGCGAGGCCAACAUAUUGAAAUGGGUGCAAACAAGAACUCUAUGGCUAUAGGCAAGGCCAAAGCACCAAGCAGGUCACGGACGAUGUUGCGGACAAGUCUAUCUGUCACAGAGCCAUCUCGCACAGAUACAACAGGCGGACGUCACUCUGCACCCGCCCUACAAUGGCCCGAAGAAGAUCAAUCGGAACUAAACACGCGUGUGCCCAUCAGACGAGCGCGGCAGAACAUCUCCGAUGGGUCGGCUAGCACUAUAAGCCGGCGUGCGCGUGCGCUGUCUGGGAUCAAGGCAGAUGCCGCAAUACGUGGAGCGACGUUGGGGCUGGGCGACACGAAACUCGGGAAAAGAGUGUCACGUUCACAUUCGCAGUCACCGCAUCCCUAUGCCGAUGGUAGUGGAACGGGUAGUGGUACUCACACACAGAAGGCUCUCAGUGAGGGGCGUGGGAAGUAUAUGAGGGAUGUUGGUCCCAACAAUAGCGGUGACUCGCAGACGAAGACCUUUGCGCAGAGCUAUAGGCACAGUACCAAUACGAGUGGCCAAGGAUUUCGCUCAUCACCAGUAAAGAGGGUACGAACACCCGGCAGUACGCGUGCAAUUAAGAUGGCCAUGGCUGGCAGACCACAUACAAGACGAGCAUCGCUGGAAAAUACCAUGGAUAAAAUACGUGCGAUGGCUCCACUGUCCAAAGUUGGACGAAGGGAGCAGUUUGGAGAAAGUGAUGGAGAAUCGUCAGUACAGCGCACAUUAGCAACAGGUGAUAGGCCGAUCGUACAACCUAUGGUUGAAGAGUUUCCGGAAGUGCGAGACAUAGAUGUGGAGGCUUUCACAAAUGGGCAGGAGAUAUCGGGACAAGUGAGGAAACAAGGAGUGGGUGAGAACCUUUCUGAGAGGGUAUCAGGCUCCCCAGAAGCAGACUCGAGCGGUCGGAAGCAAAGGAACGUCCCUAGAACUAAAGAGUGCAGCAGAGGGAGAGAGACGGAGACAAGAAAACAAACUAAAAGCGAGGUUGGCUCACAAGAAUUCAAACGACUCUCUGAACACGGUGUAGGCGUGCAAGAACCCAUUCCACAACGUGAGGAAGCACUCACAAAAUCGGGGCAGGAUCGGUCUAAAAAAUCAGGUCAUAAACGGUCCAGGAGCACUGGAACAGACGUCGACUCAGAUGCCUCAAGUGCUGCGAUGAAGGGCGGGGCUAAUACAAGAGCAAAGCGACAGAGACCUAGUCGUAGCACUUCUCUGAAUAGAGCUGUGCCGAAGCGUACACGCUCGACCAGGAACAACCCUGACCCAAUAUCCAUACAAGUGCCAGUUGCAGCACCGAGAAGUGCGACUGAGGACUCUGAUGUUGCGUCACACAGCCUACAUAAAUAUAAUACAGAUGACGAGUCGUAUGCAAAGAAGAGACGGGAGAGGGUUGCAAAUGACAGUACAAGUGCACAGGAAACUCUCAGUACUGAAGUGGCGCUCUCAGCAACUGGUGGUAUGAGGCGCAAUCGGAGGACUGGCAGCGAGCUAGCUGUUGGUGGUGCGAAUCUCGCCACGGGCACACAACCAGAUUCCGAGAAGCAUAGCAGGAAGGUGGCUAAAGCAAAGAACAGGCCGAAACCGAAGCCUCGGGCAAGAUCAACACUGUCGGUAUCAUCCCUACAGCCUAUAACAGCGGGGCUAUCUCAGAGACACACAUCUCUUUCGGAAGGAAACGCGGCAGUACGAACGCUGGUGGGUGUUGUCUCUCGCGACUAUAGGUUUGAGAGUGAAAGUACGGGGGAUACGGAUCAAGGAUCCGAAGUGUCAGAAGCGAGGGCUGACGCUCUUCCCGUGGCCGAAAAAUGUGAGCAUGUUGAUAAACAGAGGAAGUUAAAUGUGCAACGUGGUGACCAGGGGAUCGGGAGUCGUGUCGAGAGUCUUGAAGCCUGUGAAAGGAAAAAUGAGAGUAUGAAUAUCGAUGAUAUAUCUGGUGGCCAAACAAGAAUAACCACGAGUGACAAAUCAGUAGAGGCAAUCCACGCUAGACAAGGUAGAACUACGAGUACACACUCAAGAGCCACGAUGUCACCCAACACGCGCUUAAGCGAUGGCCACAACGUGAGUGACUUAUCUGUGGACAGCGUAGGCCGAGACAAUCCGAGGGGGAAGCGUGCGACGUCAAGGCCGCAACGGUCCAGGUCUAGUACUAAGCGCUCUUGGUGGAAGUGUGCAUCUGAGAAACCCACUAACAACGGUACACUCUCAUUGCUGACUGAUACACAACAGCCAAAUGCCACUAUAGACGCAGGCGUGAAACUUGCCACGAAGCCUAAAGCAAAGGCCCGACCACGGCGAAGUGGUUCGCGACAACAGAAAGGGGUGGCGGUGGGUACAGCGAUGGGGGUAGGUGCAACGGAGGUGGCAGAAAGUGGUGAUGCGAGAGUAGGCGUUGCAAAGCCCAAAUCUGAUGAUGAUGUAGAUCCGACAAUAUCGCACAAGUCCUCUGACGGACAGACAUCUGACAGUAUAGCUCGUUCUCAGGCUUUAAGGGUCAGCGGUGGGCCGAAGGCAGCUAUGCGGCCAGGAGCAAGCUCUAAGAAAACUCAACCGGGAGAUGAGCACAGGUCUGCCGCUGCUAUGCACGUGUCAGCAAAUAUCGGGGAUACCGAAAGGACGCUCACACUUGAGGAAGCCGCAAUGCUGGGCAUCAGCGAUAGUGAAGAUGAGGCUAUUGUGCAUUCCAGGGGUGGUGCGAGGGUUGGUCCGAUGAAAAUGGGAAAUGCACAGCGAGCUGAACGAUACAUUGAGACUGCGGAUGUGUCUGUGGAUGUCACUUUGCCUGGAGAGGUCCAGGCAGAUACAAACUCGCGUGGUUUAUUAGAGCACAGGGAAGGAGACUUAGAAGUAGAGUGUGUGCUCACGGAUAAGAAGUCCACCAUUGCGGGACCAGAUAAUACAAGGGAGGUCAGGGAGUUGGUUGAUAGGAAGAAUACAGAAGGACCACGUAAGCAACCACUGCUGCCACCAUCAUCAGGUAACGGUCUGGAGCCGCCCAAGGUGCCUCAGGAACUAGAUGAAAGGGGAACGAAAGCCCAUAGUCCGGAUGUAGUGUCGUUACCAGCUCAACCACCGCACACAACUGAAGUGCCUGUUCAAGUGUCAGAGCUAACACAACGUCAAGCUGCGAGUACGCAGCCGCGUUCCAAACUGACUGCUCGUCCACGACCGAAACCGAGACCCCGCCCUAAACCAAUAGGUGUAAUAGAGAGUCUAGGUAAGCAGGGUCAAGAUAAUAAGCUUUGCGAGCAAAAUAAUGCGACACGCCCUAAGCCAAUCGGAGUGAGAGAAGAUUUAAGCGAUCAAAGUCGAGAAGGUAAAGCUGGCGGGCAAGAUAUAUCGUUACGCCAUGAACCGGAGGGAGUGAGUGAAGGUCCAGGCGAUCCAAGUCGAGAACGUAAGGCUGGCACGUCAGUAAGCAAAUCACACAGUUCGGUACCACAACACACACGCAUGUCUGGCGCGCACUCGAAGGAUUUGGGCGGUAUUGCAGACCCAGCAAUGGCAUCUACAUGCAUGUCUGGAGGUUCGGAUGUAGCAGAAAGUGAGGCUACGUCAAACGCAGCCGAAGAUGCAAGAGUGAUAGAGCCCGUGAAUGCAGAGUCCAUGGUCAGUGGGGUAAGAAACAGUCAAAGCAAGGCAAACAGGCAUGAGCCUAAGGACACGAGCCCAGAGAGACAGACUGCACAACACCUGCACGUGAGAAACGACAGAAGUCGCUUUGACUGCCAUUCGGAGGGAGAAGCAAACUCUAUUGGUACAUUAAAUAAGGGCACACGUGUACAAGCAUCGAAUACCAUUCCAUCAGAUACUGUGACUCGUGUUCAGGCAUCCAAGGCUUCUGUACCAGGGCGGCGGCCAGCAGCUUUUGGUACGUCGGCGUAUCGGAAGCAACCCAUCGACUCGUUCUCCACCAAACACGCGCUUCGGUUUAAGUCCAAGAUGCACGGGAAUGGGUCGGAUGUCAAGCCUCACCAACGGUUAGAGCCCACACGCUCAAGCACACGUAUACGUACAAAUGUGGAGGGCAACCCCGGAAAGGAGCGCCUGCGUUCCGGGAUCGGUCUGAACUCGAGCUCGGACUCGUUGACCGUCGCAUACACACAGUCCAACCCACUGUCGUCAUCGGCCGGCACAAGAUCCGGUGGAAAGCCACUCACACGCGCACGCUCGCAUACCCAGCCGCUUACACGCACACGAUCGCACACACGGUCGCAGUCGCGUGGGCUGUCUGAGACGGAAGGACGCCCUGAGGGUAGUGGCGAGAUGGGCCGUGGUUCAAGGUCCAGAGCCAAGCGUAUGCGGACAAGCCGUGCUUUCGGGAAGGUUGCUGCCUCGUCUGGCGAGUCUAUGGAUAUGAGUCUAAGUGAUGGCAGCAGUGUAUCUAAUCAGGCGGUUGGGCCAGUUGCCACGGAGAAGGGGAGAGGAGACUUAAGUGGGGUGGGAGGCCAGGUAUCGAAUACAGGGUGUGAUAAGAUAGUACAGGAGGUAUCUACUGCUGGUAUGGAUAUGGAUGUGUCUGCUGGUGGACGUUGUCGGGAAGAGAGUGGCGCAACAGACAGGGGAGCAGCAAGUGUAUACGAGCCUCUGACCAUGGAGGUAGCAUCAAUGGAAGAGAGUGUUAGUCGUGCUGACGUAGAAGUAUCAGGGAAUGGGAAACGAACGAAGGAAACAGCACAACAUGGCACUACACACACCAAUAUAGUUCGCAAAGAGCCGGGAAUAGCGAGUAGACAAAUGGACACAAUACAUUCGCAACCGGAAAUCAUGGCUACCCAAUCGGAGAAUAUAGAUACACGAUUGAGGAUAGCAAAUACUCAACCAGCAAUGACAAAGGCACAACUCGAGUUACCAAAUACACCAUCCGGAACGUCUACUAUUUCAGACAAUCACGGUUCAACCACUAUUGAAAAAGCGGGAAUUUGCGAACAAGAACUACAGAAAGCAGAUCAAUCCCCACUCUCACUUUCAGAAUCACGCACAAGGACAUCCAAGUCGCUGAGUCGUAUGGACAAACCAUGUCUCAAUAGUAAGGCUCCGCAAGUAUUGUCAGGCACUGACACAACGGCGAGUAUAGAGGCACAGACGCUCGUCACAGCACGCUAUCACGAUAUUCCAAUGGCGACACAUCCACAGGUGGAUGCACCCCCGAACACUUCUGUAAGUCUAAAUGCGAGUGUGGACGUGCUUGUGCGGGCCGAGGGGACUGCCCUAGUGCGUGCAUGUGAGCGCAGAGUUGACACAGGAAAGGAGGAUAGAGCGACAGCAAAGGGGAUUCGCACACGACUCUCCGAUACGUUCGUUUGCGCCAUUAGCCCGGGCUGCCAAGAAACGUCACCUGGAUUACAAAUCGACACCUCCGCAUCUGUAGAGACCUUCCUGAAAGCCCAGUGCGACGUAUGGGUGCAGAAAAUACACGAACGGGCCAACAGGCACAUCGCCGUGUUCCAAGAGGAGGCUGCGCGCGUACGACAGUCCCACUUUGCGGCAUAGGCGCACCGUUGUAUCGACUGGGCUGCAAUUAGUAUAUUCAUCAGACGAAUGCAAAUGGAAGUCUGUACGAAUUGUACUUCGAAAGUAUCGUAAAGGUACAGCAAUGGAUUCGGAUCGUAGCAAGCAGUAGACAUAUCUCUGUGGAAUCGAUUUAUACGCUUGGCGUUGAGGUGGAGAUACAGUGCAGAUUUACCUACCCCAGUCUAGACUGGUUUAUUAGUAGCCUUGGCUUGUCUAUUAGUAGCUUUGACUGGCCGAUUGAUAACCUUGACUGGUCUAUUGA